AUGCAUCCAUUUGUCGAGAUCCACGACAUCAUUCUGCACUCGGCGCCGAGCCAUAAUGUGAGGGAGCACAAAAAGGAGAGGACGAUUGAUUCGUGGACAAUAUCGGUCACGAGGGAGGAGCACUGGCAGGAUGUGAUACAGGAUAGCGGCUCCGAAGGCUGGGAAGGCCAGGAGGGCUGGGUGGUCAACACAUCCCUGAACUUGCCUAAGAAGUUGACCAAGUGUCUCCAGGACGUGAACGCCAAGGGGAUCAAGAUUCGGCACAAGUUGAAGCUCGUGGUGGCGCUCAAUAACCCUGACGGCCACGUUUCAGAACUGCGUGCGACGUUGCCCGUGUCGAUAUUCAUCUCGCCCAACAUGCCGCUUGACGAAAACGGCGACCUCGUACGACAACUACCCACCGGCACGUCCCGAGAAGUGGGUGCUAUCGCGCCGCCAGCUUACGAGCACCAUCGCCUAGACCAGUUGUAUGACGAUAUUGACCCUAUCAGCCUCAACUCACCCAUUGGCGGCCGGUCAGGGGUUAGUAGCCCUUUCCGCGGUCAUUCGAGGGCAGGGUCAACCGACAACCUUCCAGCGCUGCUCCAGGGUGCGGCAAUCCAACCGGACCUGCUUGCGCAUAGGCUGCACAACAUGUCCUUGGAGGAGCGCCAUAGGAACAUGUCCUGGAACUCGAACCUUUCCGGGGCAGGGGCGGCGUGGAGGAACGACAGUUCACCGCACCCCGGCGACGAAGCCCAGGGAUCGCCCCCAGCGUCAACGCCGCUCACUCGGCACAACAGCAACGAUGGGCACUCGGGUUCCAACACGCCCCCCGAGCACCUCGACUUCCCAGAGAUCACGGAACUGUCCAAAGUACCGAGUUACCAGACUGCUGUCAGGACUCCCGUCAGGCCAUUGAUCUCGGAAGUGUUGGGACUCCCAGACUACGAAGCGGCGCUGAGCGCACCAAGCUCGCCGCCGGGUACCCCUCGGCUGACGCCGAUCACACCAAUAGCCGACAGUUUAGAACCCGCCCUCGGAGCCACACAGGAAUCGGUCCCAACCCUGGGACCGGCACCGGCUCCGGCCUCGGCCCCGGUUACUGCGCCCGCCUCAAGGGAGCCCAGCCCGCCGGGUACGAACCGCAGGCCAACUAUGCCCCAUCGGCGACAGUUCUCGUCCGGUUUGCUUCAAACCGUCCGCAGCAUUGUUGGGGAAGGGGACGAGGGACGCCGACUACACUUGCUUCAGGCACAUAGUGGGUAG